UUUUUGAUUGGUUGUUUGCAAAUUGUUUCGAAAUUACGGCGCGAGCAAGAUAAAAAAAGUGAAAUAAGGGAUCCUAAAACAGAUCGCUAGGAGAAUAUUUGUGAUAUUAUAAGCCUAUUAAGCAGCUAUAAAAAUGCCUAGAAGAAGGAAAACAAAGUUGGCCUCUCGAGCAAAGCCACUGCUUCCCGACGAUGGGGAAUCAAAUAUGGAGAAGGAGGCAAGGGAACAGAAGCUUGGAGUUUAUCUUGAAGGUUUUGACAUUGAAGUUGAGCAACGGGUGCGUGAAAUGAAUGCCAUGUUUGACAGAAUGUGCAAGAACAUCAGGUCAGCUACCUCCUUGUUUUUGAUGAAGAUGCCAAAGGAAACUAAAAACAUGAAAUUGAUGGAUUAUUUUGCUCAAGAUGGCUUGGCUCCUGCUGUGAAGGUCAUAGAGCAGAUCUCUAAGAAUGUCGAUGAGAUGAUCAACCUGCCCAAGGCUGUCACUGAUGCCAUAUCAUCAUCAGAAUCUGAAGAUACCGCUGCAACAUCCACGGGUGAAUCAGAUACUAGUGAGGUAGAUGAAAAGCCAAAGAGGUCGACAAGGUCAACAAGAAAAGCUCCUGCAACACGUAAGAAAGCCAAAGCAACUACUGCAAAGAGGACGUCAGCAAGGAAGAGGACAAGGGCAGCCUUGCAGGAGACUCCUCUUACAAGCAACAAUGCACAAUCUGCAUUGCAGACACCAGCCAAUACUAUGUCUCUGUCAUCGAUCAACACUCCUUUCAUUACACCCAAAUUUGACCCAAGUUCCAAGAUGACCCCUGCUACAGUACGUCGAGCUAAGAAGGGAGAGCUCUUGGUGUCUCUCUCUGGAAGCCCUGUUGAAGCUAGGAACUCCCCCAAGGAUCCUGCUCAGUCAGUUGAGAGGCUCAAGGAAAACAUUGAGAAUCUAUUCACCCAGGAUGAUGUUGACAAGAAAAAUAUCCUAAUGCUUCAAGAAACGCUGAGCAGAUUUCUAAAGGACAAGGACUCUUCAUGAAAAGAUAUUGGAGCUUUAGCACCCUGAAGUAUCCUUCACACGACCGGGAGCAUUCCAUAGAACCAAUGGUUGGUGAUUUUCACUGACUGUUGUUAUAAGCUA